GCAGCGAGUCCUGCAGGGACAGGGCCUCGUGGACAGCUCUCCUGCCUGAUGUGGCACUGCAUUGAGACACCUCAUGGUCAUCCCCAGCCAAGAAGGGUCUGAUCCAAGGAAUGGAACACUUCUCAUACAAGGACAAGCUGAGAGAGCUGGAGCUGUUCAGCACGGGAAAGAGAAGGCUGCAGGGAGACCUGGAAGUGACCUGCCAGUAUCUAAAGGCAUUGCCAAUGGAUGAACUUGUGCAUGACUUGGCCUCAGCCUUAGAACAGACUUCAGAGCAAAACAAGCUGGACGAACUAUGGGAAGAGAUGGCCCUAAGCCCACGGCAGCAGCGACGCCAGCUUCGCAAGAGGCGGGGUCGCAAACGACGCUCAGACUUCACGCAUCAGGCAGAGCACGCCUGCUGCUACAGUGAGGCCUCUGAGUCCAGCUUGGAUGAAGCUGUGAAGGAUUGCCGUGAGGUGCUGACAGCCAAUUUCAGUGACUCUGAUGACAUGGCAGUGGUCAAACGACAUCCAGCUCUCAGUGCCACCCUGAGGAGCAAGCAACACUCAUGGCAUGAGUCAGACUCCUUUACAGAGAAUGCACCCUGCCGGCCUCUUAGGCGCCGCCGCAAAGUCAAACGCGUGACAUCAGAAGUGGCUGCCAGUCUCCAGCAAAAGCUCAGGGUGUCAGAGUGGAACUAUGAGAGGGGCUGCAGGUUCAAGUCAGCCAAGAAACAGCGUCUUUCACGCUGGAAGGAAAAUGCCCCGUGGACAUCAUCUAGUCGUGGCCUUUGUGAAUCGGGAGAGAACAGGCCCUUCCUCAGCAAGGGGGGAAGGAAGGAGAGGAUGGAGUGUGAAGCUGAUGAACAGAAGCAAGGCUCGGAUGAAAAUAUGUCUGAAUGUGAAACGAGCAGUGUAUGCAGCAGCAGUGAUACCGGACUGUUUACCAAUGAUGAGGGCCGCCAAGGAGAUGAUGAGCAGAGUGAUUGGUUUUAUGAGGGAGAAUGUGUCCCAGGAUUUACUGUCCCCAACCUUCUUCCCAAGUGGGGAGCUGACCACCGUUCUGAAGUGGAACGGAUUGACUCAGGCCUGGACAAGCUCUCAGAUUCCACAUUUCUCUUGCCCUCACGACCAGCUCAAAGAGGAUUUCACGCUCGCCUGAACCGCCUUCCAGGAGCUGCUGCUCGCUGUCUGCGGAAAGGUCGAAGGAGGCUUGUUGGCAAGGAGACCUCCAUCAGCACUGUGGGCACUGAGAGGCUAGGUCAUGUUAGUGAUCCACGCCAGAAAGAUUUUUGGUUACCAUCAAUGGGGAAGAGAGAUCGCAACCAGUUCAAUCCAUUAUCUCCUCUGUACUCUCUGGAUGUGCUUGCUGAUGCUUCCCACCGAAGAUGCUCACCAGCACACUGCACUGCCAGGCAAGCAAAUGUACACCUGGGACCACCGUGCUCAAGGGACAUCAAGAGGAAACGAAAGCCAGCUGCAGCCUCCGUGUCCAGCCCAACGUCAGCAACUUUAUCUGUGCACAUGGAUGCUGCAGAGUCAGACCUACCAGCAACACCACCAUCCCCGAGGUCCCAGAACCCUGAGUGGACAGGGAAAAUACCAGCAGCUGAGAAAGCCACAAUUGCUGCCUCCGCUAACUUUUUUAAAAUGCCGCCAGAGAAGAGGCCUGGAUACAGCCAAAAGGAAGCUUUGCAGCUGUAAAAGCGUGCUGGAUUUUGGACGUGUUUGACUCUCCACCAAACACCUUGUUUGGCAGUAGAGAUAUCCUCAGUAUUGGUGCGUGAUGUGCGCCAUUAUCCAGACAGAAUCUGUGUUUAAAAACAGGUAACGAGCGUUGGGACUGCAGUGACUGUUUAAAAUGUUCCUGCUAUUGCUGUAUUUAUUAUGCGUUCAUCUCCUUACCUGAUGCCAACUCAUUCAUAUGGAUUGUGUACAGAAUCUUUUGGGUUUCAGAUCUUGGAUCUUUGUGCACUCUGUGCUUGUUUGCUGCAUUUGGGCAUUUUCUGGGUGAAAGUUCCCACUGCUACUGAAGGAGGCAGAAGUCAUCCCCUGAUUUCUUCUAGGCCAGGAGGAUUUCUUGGCUGGGUAAUGAGAGUGAUAACAAGUUGAAAUAUGUAAGCAGAAUUCUGUGUUUGUGGAAUGUUUCAGGCUGUGUGUAUGAACUUGAACCAUGUUCCUUCUAAUGAAACGAGUACAGUGCAUGUCAAUUCAGAAAUUGCCAUUGGCCCACUAGCAGCAUGGUCCCUUUGACCUUUUCCUUCUGUCUUUUUCCAAAUGUCUUCUGUCUUGCUUGCGUAUUGCAUGUUCUUUCCUAAAUUUCCUGGACAAGGAUUUGGGAGAACCAGUUGGACAUAAAUGUGCAAACUGAUGUCAUGGAAAGGAACUUGGACCUCCAACACAUUUGAAGUAUGUUAGAGGAUAAACCAAACUUCUGUUUCUUAGUGUUUAACUUCAAAAGUGAUUGUCAGAAUUUCCCAGCACAUUUUCAACUGAAGUUAACAGAUAGCUGAAUGAAAAAACAAAGAAUCACUUCUAUUCAGGGCACUUUUGGCCUUGUUCAGACCACAGCUGUCUCAUGUUCUCGCUCCCUUCAGAAAGUAUUGUCUGCUCUAUCUGUUGGAAGUGUCUCCACCUGCUGAUGAUUGUCACUCUGCAGCAUACACAGAAGAGAUUCUGUUCUCUACGUAAUGCUUGCACUUCAUACUCAGUUACCUUGUAUGUUGCAGUAUAUAUGGGUAGUGAUUUCUCCUACUUUUUUUGUAUUCUGUAUCAUAUUACACUUCAAUUAUUCCAUUUGCAGCAUAUUUUGGAGUUCAUUUUUAAAAUAUAUACCUGUAUAGGAUGUAUCAAGGGACCGGUGACCUCACGGGUUCUCAAGUCUUUUAUCAAUAGGAUAUAUUUGUAUGCAUACCGUUGUUUUUACUUUCCUCACUGGGUGGAGCUUUCAGACAGAACUGUUAAAGCUUCUAAAAUUCAUUCUGAAUGUGGAAGUUCACCUAGAACUGUUUUUACUGUUUUUGCAGUGGUUUUUUAAUUGUUUUGCCGUGUUUACCUCUGUUUUAUAAAUGAGUAGUUGAGGGACAGAUUUGAUAGCAAGGGCAUAUGGUGGUAUUUUAUAUUUAAUUAUGUAUUAAAAUGUUAAAUGGUCAUAACGUAUACAAAACAAAAAUGGAAUGGCUCAGUCUAAAUGCAGAUUGACAAAUACAGUUCUAUUACAGACAUCCUGCCUAUCUCUGAUCCCCUAAUACCUGCUUAUUCCUGGGGAGAGAUCCAAAUUGGAUUUAUGUUUCGCAGCCCAAGCAAACUGUAAGAUCUGUCCAUGCAAAUCCCUCUCAAAACGUUUUUUUUUGUUGUUGUUAGCGGUACAUUUUAGAACUAUAUGAAUCAAGAAAAGCCCUUUUAUCUUGCUAAAGGAGUACAGGGGUCAGUUCGGAUUAUGAGACAGGCUGUGGGGGUUUUGUGGAGACAGGAGUAUUCCUGUUUUAAAGUUACUGGAUUGUCUUAUUUUGUACUUCAAGCGCUUGGUUCAGUGGUGCUUGGGGGUUAGUGGGAGAGGUCUAUAGUCUGGAACUGAAAAGUAGUGUCUUGUCUGCCUAGGACUUGUGAGCAUGUGCAAGGCAAGGGUGAUCACCUUCUUAUGACAGUGUGCAGAUAAAUUUUAGUUUUGGGAACCUUGUAACCUAACCUGCAGCCAGUUUCAGUGACAAGGAGUAGUCUCCCUAAAAGAGCAUUUGUGCAAUUCAGACGCUUUUAUCUCAAGAAGGAUCUUCUAAAACUUCACUCGAUUUGAGUCUGUUCAACAGAUGCACUUCUGUUUCAAUUCAGUUGAAAUUUUAAUUGGUGGCCUUUUGUGCUCCCCCUUUUUAAAACAAUUCUGAUAUUGUAUGAUAUAUUCUGAGGAUUGUUUGGAGUAGUUCUGCUUUUUCAGUAAUCUAAGGACAAUUUUAAAACUUUUAUGAAAGUUGUUGUGAGGUUUUAGGGAAUUAGUGGCCUUUCUCUCACUCUUGGGAGAGACACCAGACUUGACAUGAUUUUUCUCUGGGGGCGCUGCAAGAUAAAUCAUCAGAUUUUCCUAUUGAGGUCAGUAGUGCUGUUCAUCUUGUUAAGCCCUUGCUUAGACUGUAAGCUCCCUAGGAGGUCUUACUUGCCUUUAAAGUUUGAAUGUACCUGUGGCACUACUGAAGAGCAACCGUAGCAGGCCUUGUCUUGAUAAAUAGUGUUUCCUGCCACUGCAACUUCCUGAAAGUGAGGGGAGACUCAAAUUCCUGCAGCUGCCCUCUCUUCAGUAUUUCUGUGUUAGACUCCAUUUGUAGGUCAAUCAGGCUCUUGAUCAAAUUUGAUUCUCCUGACUGGCAGACAACCUAAAUGAAUCACAUGUCAUGUUCCAUCUUAUUACUCCAGGGUUUAUCUAAAUUCAUCGUCAUACUUCAGUAGCUUGAUUCAGAUUUCAAUAUUUGCAGCAUUCUUUGAUGAAUGAAGUAGUUGUGUUGUUUUGCAAUACUCACUUGUAUUCCAUUUCUUGUCCACCAGGACUCCCCACUUAUUUCCAGAUCUAUCUUCCUCUCUAGUUGAUGUUCAGCCAGUGUCUUAUAUAGGGCUAGUCUGUCCCAGAUGCAAGAAUCUGUACCUGCCUUUGGGUGAGAUUCAGGAGGUUUUUGUCUGCUUACUCGUUCAGUCUGUCAAGGUCCCUCUGGGUGGUACCUCUUGCAUGUCAGCAACUCUCUCCAGUAUGUCUGUUUUUCUGUUAUUGUUGAGAGUUUGUUCUGUCUUCUUUCUCCGCAUCAUUCAUGAAAACACAGAAUAGCAUCAAUCCCAGUAUUGUCUUCUGAGGCACACUUUUCAUACCUUGCUACCAUGUAGAUUUCAAACCAUUGGUCAUUCCUUGAGCUUGACAGGUCAACCAGUUUCUCACCAACCUCACUGGGCUGCACGCAGAGCUCCCCAGUACAGCUUAUAAUGAUGCUGUGAGAAACUGCAUCAAGAGGUUUGCUGAAAUCAAAGUAAGCAGCAUUCACUGCCCUCCACUAGCAUUUCAUUCUAGAAGGCAGUCAAAUUCAUACCUCAUAAAUCUGACUGCCUCUCCUAGCCACCUUCUUGUCCUUUGAAGCUUGGAAAUGGCUUGCAGAACUUGCUCAAUAAACCUAGGAGGGGCAGAGGUGAGGCUGACUAGCCUAUCAAUCCCAUUUCCUCCUCGUUGCAUUUCUAUAAAGCGGCAUAAUGUAUUCUCCUUCCUGCGUCUGUUAUUGGGAACGUCAUGCAAUUGCUACAGGUUUGCAAAGUGAUAAAGACCAGCUCAUAAUGGCGUUCUUACGCAAAGAGGGCUUUAUUUAUGUACAAGAACGUUUAUAUGUAGUGGAAGAGAAAGCCAGAGCUAGGAGGAGAACAUUCAGUAGUUAUUCUUCGCACAUUUCUUGUAGCCCAGUGAGCUUUUGUGAGGCUUACAUUCCAGUUUGGUAGAUACUGGGGGGGGGAGGGUGCAAAUUAAAGAAUGAAUUUAUGAUUUUAAGGUAAGGUACAGUGAAGAGUGAAGGAGGCAGGAAAACAGUAGUUGGAGAGAAACUCCUAGGAGGCUGGGACUAGUGCUACUGAAUGAUAAAUUAGCUUCAUGAUUGUACUAUGCAGAGGUGUGUCUUGCUAGCGUUCCUGAAUAAUGAUAUUGAGGUGCUUAGUGCUGCCCUUCAAACUGUAGAAGCUCGCUCUGUUGCUUGGUGGAUGUUGCAGACAGCUGCUCAGUGGGCAGAGGAUGAGAAGGAAAUUGGUGAAGAACAGUCGUUGAGAAUCUUCUUUAUUGUAAUUGCCUUCUGUACUGAAGAAAGAAGAUGCCAUGAUGUAUGUGACUGGAAAUUGAGAAGGAAUUAUGUCAAGCAGAUAAGGACUUUGCUUUGAUGUCUUCAGGAACAGUUUCUUAGCCAGAGAGCAUCUCGGUGAAGCAAAAGUAAACCCAUUAUGUGUCAUUUGUUCAAAAAAUGUGAUUUAACAGCCCUGGAUAGGAGACCAUCAAGGGAGAAUGAAUUUCUGUUCUCACUUUGAUACUGUAUUGUUGUGUCUUUGUCUCCUGCAUUCUAGUCCUGUUCGUGUUUGCAUUGAGGCAUUCUGGUUUUGUACUACAAAAUACAGGAAAAAUAUGAUGCUGCUGCUUAGGGCAAAAAACGUAAGGGACUACUUGCUAUAAAGAAAGCAAAAUUAUCAGAGGCCAUUAAUAUUUACCCAGUACAAGAAUAGAAUUCAGCACAGAGAGAGAACAGAGAAUCUUAACUGCACCAAAGCAUCUUGUUCUUUAAGGAAGUGAACUGUGUCACAGGCAUAUGAGACUGAACCGUCACUGGACACCCAUGCAUGUCUAGCCUGCGGUCAGGUGACAUACCAACUUGUGGAGACAAAAUGUGCUUCCCAGCUUUGAUGAGGGUGGAAUUCCAUCUCAAGUGCAGACGUGGCUGUUAGUGUGAUUUCAGUGUGUUGAUAUUCAGCUGGAAUACCUGGAAAGGAGACUUCUUGUACCAACUCAGAGAACUGGUAAAAUUGGAAGAUGGACUGAUACAUUCUGUUAUAUCAAAGAAAGAUGCAAAAUAUAUAUAUACCUGCAAACAAUAAUCACAAAAAAGUAUUGCUGACCCCUGCAUGUGUGAUCAGGUACAUUCAUUGUCUUUAAAGCAGAGCUGCCAGUGUUGUGAGUGUGAUCAUAUUAUGACCAUGAGGUUUUGCAGAGCUGUUCUAAUUUAAUUGUAAUCUCUGAAGAAAUUGGGAUGAAGAGUGUAAGAGAAGCAGCACUAGGUCAGGUCAGAAGUCUGCCUCGCUUGGUAUUCUGUUUCUUACAGUGCCAAAUUUGUAUGCAUAGAGGUAACUUAAAAACAAAUGAGUUGUAUGGUGAUAUGCCCCUUUUACAUUCCAGUAUCCCCAGUGUCUGGUCUCAAAAAAUACAAACUUUUUUCAAGACUGAAGAAAACUUCUGUGAACCUUUUAGCAAUAGUACUUUUCCUGCAACUGAGUUUAAUUAUAAUUUUAGAGGGACAUGUAAUCUGACUUCAGAAACUUUAAGGAUUAGAUCAUUUUCCUUGGUAGUCAUUUUUCUUAUUAAUUGUCCCCUCAGUUAGGAAAUUGCAUCUUCUCUUGGAAUAUGCUUGGAAUGCUUUUCUCUAAGUAUCAACAGCCUGACACUUUUUCUUGUUAUGCUUUUUUCAGCAAGGUUGAAGAGUCCUAUUCUUCCUUUACAACUAGCUUCUUUGUUGUGUACAACUAUCUGUUGACAGUCAACAAGUGCUGAUUAAUCCAUUAACCCAUGUAAUUCUCACAGUAUAAAACUUGUCAUUCAGCCUGUUAGUUCCUUUCCUCCAUGAACAUCUCCAGUAUUCCACAUUAAUCUGCCUUGUGUUCUAGUGUAUUCUUUACAGAAGUAGGAAAUCUUGCUUCCCUGUUGCUAUUCAUGCUUCAUAUAUUUGUAUAGCCAAAUAUCAUAGUCCUUGCUGCCCAAACAGUGCCAUAACUGCAAUAAAAUAUUCAGUCAGCUGACCCUGAAUCUGAAGUUUUGCUUUUCAACGCAUGGGCUCCUAUAAAGUAAGAAUAAUACCCAUUUUUUUCAAUUCCAAAAUGCACUGUGUUUCCUUUAGCUGUAUUACUGUGCACUGUUGGAUAAAAAGUUCUUGUAAUUCAGAAUAUUUCAAAGCUUAGUCUGUUUGGUUUCCUUCUGUGAUGGCUGGUAACUUUAUCAUACUAAAAGACCAAGAUGGAAGGGUUCUUCUCAUGGAGGAGCCGUGCCUCACUCAUCUGAGAGAAGAUGGUGCUUCUGCAAGAAACAGUUUUCUGGAAAUAUAUUCUAUAAUGGUAGGGAGCAGUGACCUUGUAGAGAGAGUGCAACUUUAAAAUAUUUCACACUAUCACUUUUCCAAAAUAAACGUAAUGUUCCAGUGAUAGCACAGUGCCACAUUUGAGUUGUUGCUUACAUGUUUAAGGUCCUUUCCAACCCACACUGUUCUAUGAUUUUAUGAUUCACAUCCCAAGUCUUGGGGACGUAAUGUUAAUGUCUCAUACUAGCAUUUUUUUGUUGUUGGCCAGAAUUAUAUGUGAGAGUGCAUUGACUCGAGACUGCUCUGGCCUGACCUGAGAGCCCCCACACACUGGUGAAGCCUUUGAAUUUUCUUUCAAGUCUGGCAACACCAGACAGUUUGCCAUAGCACCAUCAGUUUCAUUGUGGCUUCCUUCUGUCCCAGACUUACUCAGAGGUUCACAAACAGCUGUACUCUAAAGAGCCACAUAGUAUAUGUCAAAACUGUUUUAUGCGGUCACAACGUUUAACUGUUUAGUAAGUAUUGGAUUCUGCAUUCUUAGGAGUCUGUUUUGGGGGAAAUGUAAAUAAGAUUGUUUGUAUUCUUUUGUCUUUAAGAUGUGUUAUCUGAAAAAGGGACUUGCAGAAUCUCUGUUCUGAUUAUAGAAACUGGAAAUAAAUCAAUAUAUGAAAGAUUUGUUGUAUCUGAUACAAAGUGAGCUGAGAGGUGGAAAAAGGUUCAGUGAUAUCCAAGUAGAUGUACAGAAUUGGCAUGGUUCAUAAUCUUUUUGCUUCCUCGUCUGUUUCCUUAAAUACCUUGAAUACAAACAGCAACCUGAGAGUCUGUAGGAAUUGCUUUUUUUCCUUUGAAUUGCAAGCUUGGGUGAAGAUUUGAGGUAACUCAUCAUGUCCAUUCUUUGCUCAGUAAUUUUUGUUUGUUUCCUAAUUUGCCAUGAUGUCAUGUCUAGGCAAUGGUGUUGCUCCCUGUUUGGAGCUUGAAAUGAUUCCAGAGUUUCUUAAGUAUCCUUUCACUUCCAAGUCACCACUUUGGAUUUGCCAAGUCCCAAAAAAAGAUUUCAUUUAAAUGAGUGGUCAGUCUCAACUGAUAUUUUAAUGGAUAUAUAUUCAUUUUGCCAAAAGUAGCAUCCUUUUAAGACUGAUUUACAUCAUUGUAUUUUCCAGUGAUAGCAGCAGCUUCAAAGAUCAAAUUAGCAGUGGACGUUGAAUUUUCUCAUGAGUGCAUUUGUGUCCCUAAAUUGAUAGCUUGCAUGCUUGUGCGAGGAAUGAAACAGAGCUCCUUCUACAUUAACUGUUCCCAGGAACCCAAGCUGAUGGUACAUUUUAAAAACAAUGGUCAAGAUCCGUUGGAAGCCACUUCCAAUUCUUAAUCUUACACGUGGGUUGUUUGUUGUUUAUUUGAUUUGUUUUCCAGUUUGUAAAGCUCUGGUGAUUUUCCUCUCUCGCCUUCAAGCUGCACCUGUGAGAACUGAGAAGUGUUUCUGGUGAAAUGUGCUGAUUUUUGCUGGGAGGAAGGAGAGAAGAGCUCUUAAGAAUAGAAUUUCUUAGGAGAAGCACCCCAGUUCAGCAAACAUGAUCAGCUGUGGGUAAUAAUCAAAAUGUAGUCAGAUAUUCACAGUUAAGAGCAGCUUCAGUCUUCCACCUAUCUGCAUUUGUUUCUUAGUAAUAAAUAUUUCAUUUGAUAAUUGGGGCAUUUCUUAACUCUUUUUUUUUUGUUUAAGCUGACUUUUUUUGUUUUUUUCUUUUGUCACUCCCUUAGUUUUGCAGGCAUGGGGCAAUGACUUCUUAUUUGAAGGGCUGCUGGUAACUUCAGUAGCAGGGCUGGCUGUUGGGUCCUAUUGAAGUGGUGGCUUUAUUCUACUACUGGUAUUUUUCAGAUCAUUCUUGUUUCAUACUUUUGCACCUCAGAGAAUUUACACCUCAUGAAAAUACACAGGAAUACAAGUAGACUAACUAUGUACUUAUGGAGAUUUCUCACCUAUAUAAAUGAUAUUUCAAAUUUGGGAGUGCAAGAUUUGUUCUCUACUAAAGUCAAGCAGUUUUCCAGUAAAGGUGGAUACUUGGUAGUUGCUUUUUAUUGAAGAGAAAUAGAAUUUCAGACUGCUAAAUGACAUUCAUUUCAUUCAAUCCAGGUGAGGGAACAACAGGGAGAUAUCUGAGGAUGAGAACAAGAGGAGAGCUUAUGCACAUUUUAGACAGGGGGUCUGCCCUUAGGAAGACAAAAACACAUGGAAUGUAUAAAACACCCUUAAAAUAGCAUCGUAUUUGAAGAGCUGGAGACCUUCAUAAAAGGUUCACCAACAUUGCCUUAGGAGUUUUCUUCAUCGUGCUUCACUCUAUGCUUUGCAAACAUGUGGACUUCACUCAGUCUCCCCCUGUCCCUGGGGACAUCUGCAUUCCUGUUUUCAGAAAGCCAGAGACGAAGAUUCUCUUAAUGCUGAAUGCUGUGUGGAGAGUGAAAGAAAUUCUAUGGUUUCUUUCUUGACUAUCCGGUGUCUCCACAAAAGAGCCUAAGAAAGUGAGCUUCCAGAGGGGCUUUCAUGCACCUUUUCUACUUUUCUACUUCUUUUGGAUAUUGUGGACACAACAGGGAGUAGGAAUGUGGCGUAGUGGAACAGAUUUCCAGGAUCCAUGGGACUGCCCCUGCUCUGCACUCAGCCAGCACAGGGGCUGCCAUGGAGCUACCCUGGAACCGGUGGCCAUUCUCCUUACCACAUCAGUAGGUGUGCUGCAUGACUCCAGACAUCAACUUCCUGGGUUUCCAUUUGUUUAGGUAUUUAAGCAAGUGUAUUCUUUAACAAGGGAAAGAAGAAGAAAAAAUGAUUCAUGCUUGCACAUGUUGGCAAACCAGGUUAUAAUUCAGGUGGACUUUGUUGCUCUAAUUAGUACAGCCAGCCCUUUUACAUCACAGUACAGUGUAGUCAAGCAGUAGCAAAAGUUGGGGUUCUUCCCUUUCACAUUGGGUUCCUGCCUCAGUGUGGGAGAGCUUAGGUUCACUCAGUGUACAGCUGCAUGGGUUUGUUUUUUCUUCAUUUAGACACUUCAGGCUGUAUUCAUUGCACAGCAUCCAGACUGUACUCUGAAGAGGGAAGAAGUAAUUUCCUUGUUAGUGUCUUCAGGGUGCCUCCUGCUAUGGUAAUAUAAAAUGUUAAUGGAUUUAUUUAUGCACUAGAAAUUUGGAUAUUAUUGUCACCCUUAUUUUACAGAAGAGUUUCAGUCGUUGAGAUCUAAACAAUAAUUAGGAAUUGUCUCUGAAUUUGGGAGGCCCAGGAUGUGCUACCAAUGAACUGGUAAAUUUUGUAGACUCAAAUAAUUUUUUCUAACUUCUUUGACAGCUGUGAGUGCCCAGAGAUUCUGGAAAUUCAGUCACAACAUACCGGUGAGGUGAGGAACACUGUGCUCAUUGCUGGAGUCUCUCUGUUUUUUGUUUCAUACUUUUGCACCUCAGAGAAUAUACACCUCAUGAAAAUGUACAGGAAUACAAGUGCACCGUAGAGAUGGCAUCAUAGAGAUCAGGCAUCAUAGAGAUGGCAACAGGCAAGCAUAUCUUCAAGGCUGUUGGUCACUUGCAUUCAUCACAAUAGCUUUGGUUUGACAGUCUCCUGCUUUGGUUUUUCUGCCUUUAGCAGUAAACGAAUAAGAUCCAUCUCAUCCAGUUCUUGACCUUCCUCUCCCCAGAGGUUUGUGUUUGGUGCUCUGUGAAGCUGGAUUCUGGUUGAAAAUAAACUGUGUGAUCAUUUGAAUUAACAUUGUAAUGUUAUGCACAAAGGGAUGAAUUAGGAUAACAGUUCGUUUCUUCAAUUUUGAAUAUUUCUAUAUGUAUCCAGAUACAUAUGUGUAUGUAUGUAUAUAUACAACUAUAAAAUUUAUUUUUACACUA